GAAGGUUGUUCCUGGACGCCUAACCGGCCUGUCCAAUGGCGCAAUGAUGGAAUGGAUGGGAUCACUUUGCAGGUGCAGUUGCCAAGUGGUUGCGAGGCCAUCUCUGUCUCGGGGGAUGACCUGCGCGCAGUGGCUCGGGUGUGGUCCGGCUGCCAGACCUUGGCGCGGCUGCACCAGGUGAAAGACGCGGAGGUGCUGAGAGCGGAUGGGGAGGUCUUGGAUUUGGGCAAGACCCUGCAGGCCCAAGGACUGCGAGAUGGGUCUCGUCUGAUUCUGCAAGAGCGGCAGCGGAAGCAGCAGCCAAGAGCCCACGAGACGGUGCUGGAGAUGGACAUGGGCACAGAUGUGGAGGUGCCUGCGGCGCCGCGCGCCGCGCAUCUUUUUGACCGCGCGGAGCGGGAGGCGAAGGCCACGGAGCUGAAGCAGAAGGCCAACGAGGUGCUGAAGGAGGGCGGCUACGCGGAGGCCUGCGCCAUCUACUCCGCGGCCUUGGCCUAUCUGCCGCCGGAGGAGUCGGACGUUCAGCUGGCGGGGGCCAUCCUCGGGAACCGCGCCUUGGCCUCGCUGAAGCUCAGCCGCUGGGCGGACGCCCGCGCGGACGCGGAGAAGUCGCUGCAGCUGGUGCCGGAGAACCCCAAGGUCCAGUUCCGCCUGGGUUUGGCGCUGCAGGCGCUGGGGGAGCUGCUGGCGGCUGCAGAGGCGCUGGAGAAAGUGGCGCACGAGGAUUGCGCGGCCAGGGCUUUGGCGCAGGUGCGGGCGAGGCUGGCGCCGGCGCCGAAGGCCGCCGAGGCCUCGCCGCCGCGGGGGCUGAAGUGGCGCCUGGCAUGGUGGCAGCAGGGCUUCAGACUGCCGCGGCUGCGGGAGGUUUGGAGGGACUUCACCGACCUCACCUCGCCGCUUUCCAAUGAUCACGCUCUGGCAUUGAUGCACACCUGGCGAUACCAGGGCCCACUGCACGACUUUUUUCUGCAGGAGACGUCCAAAGCGGCGCGGAGCUUUGGCUUGCCGGCGAUCGUGGUGCUUGGAACCGGCAACAUGGCGGCGGCGAGAGCUUGCCUGGAGGUGUUGCAUAGCAACGACGCGUGCCAGGCCACUUUGCUGGAGCCCUCUGAAGGCCUGGCAUAUUUGGCCAGAGAAGUUUUGCAGCCCGAAAAGAGGAAGAUGCGCGUCUUGCACUCGUCUGGCCAGCUGGACACCGAGUUCGCCUACCCCAGCUCUGUGCUGCGAAAGCCGGGGCUGGUUUUGGUGUGCGACCGCCUGGCGGAAGAUUUGGUGGGCGAAGGUCUGGUAAAGACCUUGGCGGCCGCCAAGGCGGCCGCGGAAAAGGCCGGAAACGCCCAGGUGGUGUGCGUUCCGGCGCGGGCGGAGCUGCUGAUGGCCCCGCUGGAGCUGCGCAGCUCGGAGUUCAUGGGGGUGGACGUGUCAAAGGCCAACGCGCUGAGGUUCACCGCUCAUUCGGAGGACGUGCCACAGGAAAGGCUUUGGAAGUGCGAGGUUUGCUCCUGGUGCAACGCGCUGCAUGUGAAGGGCUGCGAGCUCUGCCGUGCGGCCCGCCGCCCAAAAGCCGCCAGUCACCAGCAGUCGAAGCGGACGGAGUCCUCGGGCUGGUGGCCCAUGGAUUUGGACGCGGAAGCGGCACACGCAGGAAUGGACGGGAGUAUUUGUCGCUUGUGCGCGGAGGCACAAGUGAUUUGCGCUUUCGACUUCAACAACGCAGCAGUGUUUCAGGAGCAGCAAAGAAUGCUCGAGAAGACUGUCACAGCGAUAGCUUCAUGUCAAUGCCACGUGAAUGCUAUUGCGGUGUGGUGGCGCUUGCAUGGUUUCGACGACAGCACUAUCGACACAAGCCCGGGAAGUGCUGGGACUGGAAGUCUGCCUUGGCCAACCAAGCGCCAGGCAGUGUUCCACCUAGGUUACGAGAUUGGCAUUGAGCAAGGGGAAUCCAUGGAGCUGAAGGUGCACUUCUCUGAUGCCUUCUGCAGAAUCCGCUUCGACUUGCAGAAGCCGCGGCUGGUUGACCGCAUGGGAUUGAUCAAGUUCGAGGUGGACAUUACCAGCCGCAAAGUUCUCGACGAGCUUCGCAGCAAGGUGGACGUGAAGACGAAUCGUCUGCUGGGCUCCGUGGACAACACGCCGCUGAGGCGCCGCGACAAAGCCCUGAGCUUCGGGCCCUUUGAGCUGGUGCCCGGCAUGUUGAACCAGGAGAUCUGGCGCAAGGUGGCGGAGAGGUUAGAGCGUCACAGCGAGCGUCCCCGGCGGGGGGACCAGCCCUUGCGCUGCGUCUUCCGGCACGGCGUCUUCGAGGGCUCCAGGCGCUGGCCGCUGCCCACGCUGGCGGAGACCUCCGCGGUGCCGCGGCGAAGCGGCUACUUCCGCUUCGCCGCUUGGGCCGCGUACGUGGAGGACAUGGAGUCUGCCCUGGCCGACGUCUCGGACGCGGAAGGCGCAGGCCUCAGCGGCGGAAGGCCCCGGGUGCUGGAGCUGAACUGCGGCCCGGCGCCGCUUCUCAGCCUGCGCGCCUGCCGCGCCGGCGCGCGGGUCUGGGCCUUGGAGCCCAUCCCAGACCUCCGGGAAUUGGCGCUGGAGACGGUGCGGGAUCAGGGCAUGGAGAUGGUCUUCGAGCGCAAAGGUCUGGCCAGCAGCUUCUUCGGUGGUGCAAAGAUGCCCGGGGAGCCUUCCGUGCGGGUGCUGAAGCCCAUGCUCAGCACAGCGCUGCAGGCCGGCUCGGAUGCCAAGUUCCUGGAUGGCGGGCGCGCGGACCUCGUGGUGUGCCGCCCCGAGCCUGGGCCGUUGGGGCUGGACUACCUAGAGACAAUGCUCCACGCAUCCCAGGAGCUUUUGGCUCCUGGCGGUCGCCUGGUGCCGCGUGCCUUGCUGGUACACGUCGUGGCUGUGGAGUACCCGUGGCACGGAGUCUGCCUGCAGCGCUUGGUGCGGCGGCAGGUGGAGGUGCCCUUUGACCAGCUCAGGACCUUGAGUUCACAGGCGAUAUGGCAGGUCGACUUGACCUCGCCCGGUGAGCCCUCCAUGACUGGCGACCUGGAGGUUUGCGAGCAGGGGCUGCUUGCUGGCUUUGCCUUCUGGCACGAGCCACUACGGAGAGAGGUGCAACGAGGCCCACAGAAGCCUGACUAUGUGACGGUUUGCUUCGCUGAAGAGCCUCGCGAUGUUGGUGAGGGACAAAGGAUCGCCUUCAGAGCGCAUUUCGAGGAGUGCGAGCUCGCAGUUGUGCCCAGCGAGGAAAAACAGAGAGCGCCCCAUCCCCGCGAGACCGCAGGGCGCGACGAGUCGCGGGAGUCGCGCGCCGCAGGCGGCCUUGGCGAAUCCGCUUCCAGCGAGCCGUGCGCCAGCCUGGCGCUCCACGCGGGGUCCAACGGCUGGCAGUCGGCCCGGUGCUGCAGCUACCCCCAGGAGGGCGCAGAGAUCCAUGAAAUCGAGAUCACGGCACGUGGAGACACAGUGCCAGGCUCCGUGGAGGUGUAUCUGAGCAGCGGCGAUGAUUGGAAUGAUUCCAUGCAACAUGCCUGCACCUUGGAAAUGCAGUCCUGCGGGUUCUGCACAGCCCGGAGCACGCGGAAGGCCAAAACAAAGCUCUUCGCCCUUUGCUCGGGGUAUGUGAAGCUAUUGGUGCAUGAGCCGUUGCACGUGGGGCCCAGCAAUCCAUACAAGCAGGUCUCCCUCUGCACCGUGGACCUUUGGGGCUGCGAGGACGUGCUGCCGAGGAGCGCCAAAGCCGCGCCCGUGGACCUGGGCGAGCAGCACGAGGAGAUCGCCUCGGUGCUCAUGGACCUAGGCGUCCCUUUGAGCUUGAUCCCGGUGGACGAAGAUGUGCUGAGCGCGGUGGAUGUUGGCACGCAGGCGUUGGUGAAAGAGCUGCGCGCUGUCGAGGAGAAGCUGCUGGAGGAGAGGAAGUUUGGCGAGGCCCAGCAGCUCGAGGAGGCGCUGCAGCAGGUGUCGCAGAUGGGCGUGGAGCUGCAAAGGCUCCAGCAGCGCCGGGAGGCCUUGUUUGCCGGCGGCCGUCUUUGCGGAGAUCCAAAGGAGCUGGAGCAUCUGGGUGCACGGAUCAAAGAUCUUGAGAAGGCCCGGCUGCAAGUGGCGGCGCUUUAUGACACAGACUGGUGGCUGUCCAAGAUGUCCAUGGGCGAGGGUGGGACGAAGAGCUCCUAUUCCAUCAGCCCCGACUCCAGCCCCUUGGGCAUGUCAGCAAUGACCGGCGGCUCUUUCUCGAGCCACCCAGCGAUGCCCGAGCCCGAGUAG